CGGCCAAUAACAGGCCCAUGAGGAAGGUCUCCGCUUGAGGUGAUGGUGCUGAGGGACAAGAAUGCUCAAGCAGCGCCGACUUUCCGGGCUCGCCUCCCUCGCCCGGCAAAGCUCAUGACACUUCUCAAUUGGCCUCGCCGUGACCCGAAUCUACUGCCACUUCAAGAUGACCCGCCUCAGCCGAAUCAGCGGUGCGUCACUCGAUAUUCAAGAGUGCAAGGUGGAGCCACCUCAACGACACGCCAAGGCGCUGCAGUUGUGGGCGCUUGGGAUCGGUGCUGUGAUCAGCGGUGAAUACUAUGGCUGGCAGUCCUCACUCGUAGCCGGCUUUAACGGAAUGCUCAUCGUGAUGUCCAUGAUGACGGUGCUGUACGUAACGCUGUCCUUCUCGCUCGCCGAACUGUCGGCGACGAUCCCCGCCGGUGGAGGUCCGUACAUCUUCGCGCUACAUUCCAUUGGACCCCGUGCGGCGUUCUUCAGUGGACUGGCGGAGACUCUCAAGGUGAUCGCCGUCAACUCAUCGACCUUCUACACCAUCUACUCGUAUCUUCAGACGCUCUUCAACGUCGACCAGAAGUUUGCUCCGGUGUUCUUUAUCGCGUUCGGCAUUCUUUUCGGUGGUCUCAAUAUCUACGGCGUGCAAGCUUCGUUCCGGAUGCAGGCGUGCUCGACGACGCUCUGCGUGCUAUUGCUGCUCAUCAUGUUCUUCUCCGCCAUUCCGCACCUGGACUAUAACCAGUGGGUGGUCGAGCAAAACUGGAAGUACACAGAUCUGAGUAGUGCCAUCGAGGCGAUACCGUUCGCCAUGUGGUUCUACCUUGGUGUUGAAGAGCUCCCGCUUGCCAGUGAAGAGACCAUCGAGCCCGAAAAGAAUAUCCCUCGCGGCCUGUUCAUGUGCAUCUCGACUCUAAUGGUGCUAUCGUUCGGCACAGCCGUGUUCAGCUCGCUGAUUGCACCCGGUGCUGCUGCUAUGGCUGACGUGUCAGCGCCGCUCGUCACGAGCUUCCAGACGAUUUACGGCACUGGUGCGACCACGACGUUCUUCAAGUGGAUGACGGUCAUUGCACUGUGCUCCAGUCCCAACUCGUACGUCUUCUUCAUGGGCCAGCUGCUGUUUGCCAUCGCUCGAGACGGCUACUACCCUAAAUUCCUCGCAUACGAGCACCCGCGCCGCGGCACGGCGGUGGGUGCACUACUCUUCGGCACCAUUAGCUGCGUUCUGAUCGCUGUUAUCUUGCACUACGCCAUAGGCGAUGACGAUCUCGGCUCUGUUCUUAUCAACUUGACGCUGCUGGGCGCGCUGAUCUCUUACAUUUUUCAGCUGCUGUCAUUCGUGUUCCUGCGAUACCGGCAACCAAACCGACCCCGGCCGUACAAGAGCCCCUUUGGACUCGCUGGCGCCUUUGUCGGACUGGCACUGUGCGGCGUUUCUAUCUUCGCCAUCCUGUACACGAGCGUGGCCGACACCAUUUUCCUGGCGUCGAUCGUGGUGACGGGACUGGUGUUCUUCGCCGGCAGCGUCUACUUCUUCAGAAUCGUGCUGCCCAAAAUCGAGAACAAGACCCUAGGCUCCCCCGUCACGACCAAGGACAUGAAUGAGAAUCUCCUCAGCUCCAGAAGCCAGGUCCUCCUCUCCACCGGAGCGUAGGUCUCAGCGAGUCGUCUCAAUUAUAUCUUUACAUCCAUUUAUUUCUUUUAGUAACGUGCACGUCAAAUCACGAUCUCAAAUGUUGCCACAACCA